CAUAAUUCGGUAGAAGAUAGAUAUUGGGUUUCCCCUCCACACCUUUGCAAACAUAAUGAUGGAUGGAAAAGAACAAGAAGGUGCUCAAAGAUUCUACAAUAAGUAUAGCAGUCUCUCCAACAACAUCACGUUAAAGUUACACCUUCUCCUUCCAAUGGUGAUCCUCUUGUCAUUCCUCCUCACAUUCACCUCUUACAACAGCUAUCACUACCCCAUGUCUGCAUUUCUAUUGCCAUUAUUCACCCACACCUUUGAGAAGAAGUAUUUGUUCAUCCUUUGCACUACUAUUCUCACUUUCAUCACCAAGAAAAAUCUGCACUCGGGUCUGAAGGAAAACUUACACCAUGAAAAGCUACUUUACUCGCUAGAUGAAAUAAAUGUUGCAGCAGUUGUUGAAGGAGACCUCCAAGAAUGUGAAUACGGUAGAUUAGAUGAUCAAGAAUCGAAGGAAGAACAUGAGGAAAAUACAGAAAACAGUGAGAAGGAUAGUGAGGUUGCAACGGAAGAUGAAGCUGAUGGAGAGGUUUUUAUGGAAGAAGGGAUUUUAGGUGGUCCUUCACGCGUUGAAGAACAUGCAGCGAUGAAUAUGGAUACAGAAGAGUUGAAUAAGAAGAUAGAGGAGUUUAUUCGGAAGAUGAGAGAGGAACUAAGGGUUGAAGCUGAACAACAUUUGAUCAAUGUGUAAUUUGUUUGCAAAAGCAAAACAUCUCUCUCUCUCAAACAAAAGCAAAACAUCUCUCUCUUUCUCUCUCUCACACACACACACGUUUCAAGGAAAAAUUUUCGCUUUAUUUAUUAAAAUUGUGAGGUAUUAAAGUGGUAAUAUCUUGCUCUCCAAAACCA